AGUUGUCUGAGCGAGAGCGAGCAGAGAGCCGGCGGGUGCGGGCAGCGGCGGCGGCCAGGCUGUUGAGGGGCGAGUGGCGGCGGCGGGGGCCGGGCGCGUGGCGAGGUCCGCGCGCAGGACCGCAUCGGGGCGCCGGCGGGAGCCAGCUGUGUCUGCAGCCGGGCCGGCCGCUUGCGCCCCUGCGUGCUUGGAUUCGGCCAUGGAGCUGCCAGCUGUUGGCGAGCACGUCUUCGCGGUGGAGAGCAUCGAGAAGAAGCGGAUCCGCAAGGGCAGAGUGGAGUAUCUGGUGAAAUGGAGAGGCUGGUCCCCCAAAUAUAACACGUGGGAACCAGAGGAGAACAUCUUGGAUCCCCGUCUGCUGAUUGCCUUCCAGAACAGGGAAAGGCAGGAGCAGCUGAUGGGAUAUCGAAAGAGAGGGCCCAAGCCCAAACCGCUGGUGGUGCAGGUACCCACCUUUGCCCGCCGCUCCAAUGUCCUGACUGGGCUUCAAGACUCCUCCGCUGACAACCGUGCCAAGCUGGAGUUGGGCACGCAGGGCAAGGGCCAGGGGCACCAGUAUGAGCUCAACAGCAAGAAGCACCAUCAGUACCAGCCCCACGGCAAGGAGAGGUCCGGUAAGCCGCCCCCACCAGGGAAGAGCGGCAAGUAUUACUAUCAGCUAAAUAGCAAAAAACACCACCCCUACCAGCCAGACCCCAAAAUGUACGACCUGCAGUACCAGGGCAGCCACAAGGAGGCACCCAGCCCCACCUGCCCAGACCUGGGCGCCAAGAGCCACCCUCCUGACAAGUGGGCCCACGGAGCUGCAGCCAAAGGCUACCUCGGGGCAGUGAAGCCCUUGGGGGGAGGGGCAGGAGCUCCAGGCAAGGGCUCGGAAAAGGGCCCCCCGAAUGGCUUGACACCAGCCCCUAAGGAGGCGGUGGCCGGUAAUGGCAUUGGGGGCAAGAUGAAAAUCGUCAAGAACAAGAACAAGAAUGGGCGCAUCGUGAUCGUGAUGAGCAAGUACAUGGAGAACGGCAUGCAGGCCGUGAAGAUCAAGUCGGGCGAGGCAGCCGAGAGCGAGGCGCGCUCCCCCAGCCACAAGAAACGUGCUGCCGAGGAGCGCCAUCCCCAGGCCGACAGGACUUUUAAAAAGGCAGCCGGUGCUUCUGAGGAGAAGAAAGCCGAAGUGCCCUGCAAACGCAGGGAGGAGGAGGCUCUGGUGUCGGGGGACCCCCAGCCCCAGGACCUAGGGUCUCGAAAGCUCUCCCCGACCAAGGAGGCCUUUGGUGAGCAGCCGCUGCAGCUCACCACCAAGCCAGACCUGCUGGCCUGGGACCCAGCCAGGAGCUCACACCCGCCCGCCCACCACCACCAUCACCACCACCAUCACCACCACCACCAUACGGUGGGCCUGAACCUCUCCCAUGCGCGCAAGCGCUGCCUCUCCGAGACCCAUGGCGAGCGUGAGCCCUGCAAGAAGCGGCUGACCGCCCGUAGCAUCAGCACGCCGACCUGCCUGGGGGGCAGCCCGGUCUCUGAGCACCCUGCCAACGUAUCCCCCACCGCAGCCUCUCUUCCGCAGCCGGAGGUCAUCCUUUUGGACUCAGACCUGGAUGAGCCCAUAGACUUGCGCUGUGUCAAGAUGCGCAGCGAUGCCGGGGAACCGCCCAGCACCCUCCAGGUGAAGCCGGAGGCUCCGGCAGUGGCGGCAGUGGUGGCGCCGGCCACUGCAGCGGAGAAGCCUCCCGCUGAGGCCCAGGAGGAGCCAGCGGAGCCCCUGAGUGAAUUUAAGCCCUUCUUUGGGAAUAUAAUUAUCACUGACGUCACGGCGAACUGCCUCACCGUCACUUUCAAGGAAUACGUGACGGUGUAGUGGGAAGGAGUCGCGCCCGCUGGGACUCCCGCACCUGCAAUCUCGCAGAGGUUCCCAAGGAGAGGACUCCCCAGUCGCGGUGGCCAGGCCCCUGCUCACUCCCUGGGAUCCCGACUGAGCUGUCCAUCUCUCACUCUCCUUCCACGUGGUGCCUGCGGUCUCGCCGCCACCUCCCCCUUCCCUAUAGGAGACCCGAGCCCUCCCUGUGGACCACCAGAACUGACCCCGCAGCCCCGAGGCGGUCUCAGCUAUAGUAUUAUAUUUUAACCGUGCUAACUGUCAAGUGCUGACUCUACUCCGGUUUGUACGUGGUGUUAUUCUUGAAAUGUAUUGUUUGAGCUCAGAAGGCCCGACUACCCCCCUCGGGCUGAUAUAUAUAUAUAUUUAUUUGUAGGUAUUUAUAUAUUGAAAUAUAAAACCUAGAUUUAUGGAGUUUCCUCUAGAUCAUGUUAUAUUCUAUAUCAGACAGACUAUUUUCAGUUGGCCUUUUCCUUUCCCCUUCAUUCAGUAUUUUGAUUUUUAUUUCCUCUUCUCCAGGAACUGCGGCACCAGUAACCUUGGUAUAUAUUUUUUGAUACUGUACACAUGGGUGUGUUGUUUCUAUGUGCAAAAAAAAAAGUUUGUUAAAAGGCUAAAGAGCUCUCUAGAACCUGCUGCUAUAGAAAUGUCUGAACUAUAAGCUUCCAAUUAUUACCUGCUUGAAUGUAAAUAUUAAAUGGAGAUGUUGAAGGUGCAA